UGUGUGCAAAAUUGCAAUUACUUUUGACAAUGUGAUAGAGAGUUUAUAGGAUAGCUAAGAAUUUCCAGCUAAGGUUUUGAACAAUUUGAGGCCCUCUGUUUGGAGUGCACAUUAACACAAUCCCUAAGGUCAUUUAAAUUCAAGAAACCACCGCAAUUGAGGGCACUGAAGCGUAAUCCGACGCAGUCUUGAACAGGUUUCUUGAUCGAUCGUCGUUAAAAGUUACAUCUCCAGACCACUUUGGAUCGUGUUUCUGAGCUGUAUUUCAACCAUCGGGGUCCGCAAGAAAAAGGUGAUUUAUGGAGCCAUUUACAGCCAUUUAACGGAAAAGCCUUCCCGAUAAUCAAGUGACCUUGGAGAUUUGCUACCAUGUUCACCAAGUCACAGUUUAAUUCUAAGCCCGAUAAAGCCCCUUCAAAGCCAUCAGUUUUCCCACAUAAUGGAAAUAUCAUAAAGAAAAAAGCGCGAUCCACCAUUUUGUCAGUGUUGACAAAACGUCAAACUCAGGAGAAGUUUCUCCUCGGCGACAAAACAGAUGGCCAACGUGAUGAGCAGAAUGGUAAUGUAAUUACCUCAAAACCAUUCUCGCCAGAGCCAAAGUGGGUAGCCUCAGAGGCAAUGAUUGUCGACCUAGAACCGACUGGGAGCGGGAACUCGCAGACACUAAGGUAUAGCGAUACUACUCAGCCUACCUAUCAGCCCGCAGCAUUGGAUCAGAAUAAGCUUACUCCCAGCAAAGUUCCUGUAACAAGAUCGAUCAGUUUGCAGAGUAAAUUUCUUUCGAGUAAUACUGAAGGAGAAAAGGCAAACCACCAACGAGCGGAACGAGAUGAGCUAAAUGGAGGCACGAAAGUGAGUAAAAUUUGUGCGAGAUGGCCACCACAGAAAGCUGAUGAAAAUUGGAUGGGAAAAAAUACCCAUUCACUCUGCCAACGACGGCAUUCUGCGCCUAAACACUUAUCCUGGCCCGCAACUGACAUAGAACCCAUGGUUGUUUCGAUGUCCCCAUCAUAUGCAAGUGUAAAGGACAUUUCUCCAAAGUCUGUAAAUGACUCAGUUAAGGUUUCCAUACCUUUUCAAGUUCAAGGUCAACAGCAGUCCCCCAGAGUAGAGCAGCAAUCAGAUGCGUGGGCCUCUUCUGUUUCGGUCUGCGUUCCAUUUCAGGUGAAUGAAAACGGCGAAAGUGUUCCCAUCUCGCCAUUUGCGAACAAAAAGUCUCUGCCGAGUUCCUCACCUAGAGAUUCCAUCGCAGAAGCAGACACUCGCGAAGUUUCAAUUUCCAUGAUUAAGGAAUCGAACUUGACAACGAGCCCUAAUUCCCAGCACGUAGUUAAAUCAAGCACAACGGCACAACAAACAGAGGGCGACUCUUUCUCUGCUAUGAAUAAAAUGUCGCCCUCUCAGCCAUCACUUCCGAAGGGAAACACCUCGUUGUUAACUCCGGAUGAUGGCAAGGGUGUGUCUCGAGACAUGGCGGAUGCAGGAGUUGUGAACAAACCACGUGCGAUUUCCUCUCCGCCCUCUCCCUCACAAGGCAAAAGAAAGAUUUCUUCUAAAGAUCAUCACAUCAAAGAUAAUAAACAAGUACUCGCUAAGGCACAUUCUCCAAAGAUCAUGGGCAAAGAAGCAAGUAAGCAUAAAAACCCUACAGGCAAAGCUGCGAGUUCAACGGCUCUGAAAGUACCGUUUGGAGGUAAGCCAAGAGCAAGAUCCUUCACUGCAGGGGAAAAAACAAAAUUAACUCCAUUUUCCUCGAGUGCCCAGUCCAGUCCCACAGGAACUCCAAAAUCUGUCAGUCCUGCUUCCUCUCCAAAAGCGAUGAGGCGACACUUGACACCGAAAGAUGCCACAAAGGCCGGGGGUCGCAAAACAACCGAGCUGAAAAAGCUAGAAAGUCACGGCAGACCUCAUUCAGAUCCUCUGAUUGGCGAAAAAAUGCAGGCAAAAAAGAAAUCUACCGGAGCUGCCGCGAGUGAUGUGCACACAACAGCAGGAAAAGCUAAGUCUGACUUGGAAGUAAUGAAGAAUAAAGUUAAAGAGCUUGAGAGUGAAAAUCUUGAGCUGAAGACGAAAUUACAGGGCAUGGAACAUCGUCUGGCUGUUGUACCACUCUUGGAAAAAGAAAAACUUCAUUUACAAAAGCAGGUCAACGAAGUUGUCCAGGAAAACGAGAAAAAAACACGUGAACUUGAAACGCUAAAUUCGUCUUCGGUAAAGCUCAAAGAGGAAAUGAAUGGCUUACAGGCUGAAGGCGAUAAAUUGAAAAUGGCUCUGGAAACGAGCCAAGAGCAGAUAAAAGAACUAAGGGCUAACGAAAGAGCGCUGGAAGAAUUGAAAUCUACUCUGACGCAGGAAAACGAAUACAAAACGAAAUCAAUUACAGAGUACAUCGAAAACAUUGAAAAAUUAACUACUUCGAAUAGCAAGCUGAUAUUGCAAGAUGGACUAUCCAAGAAAAAAAUUACAACACUUUUGCAAGGUUUGCAGUCACUAAAUGAUUCUGUUUUACAGCUUAAAGAGGAAAAUAAAUGUUUACAGUCACAGAUUGUUGAAAAUGGAAUUGAACUCGUUGGUACCAUGCGAAAUUGUGUCGAUGGUUUGGAACGGGUUAUCAGUGGUUUGCAGAACGAAAACAGCGAAAAAGCCGAAAAGGAAACACAAGUAUUUGAUGACACCAAAACUAUCGAUAAAGAUACACAGUGUGACGAGGUUCGGUCAAAGGACUUGCUCCUAAGAGAACUUGAGGAGAGCAAACUCUUAGUCGAGUGUUUAAAAAGUAGAAUUUCUGAAGUCGAAGACGUCGCGACAAAAACAAGCGCUGAGCAACAAGAGAGCCGCGCAAACAAUGAAUUGCCUUUAACUCCGCCAAGCAAAGGGUCUGAUUGCUCAGGGUGUACUGGCCUUCAGGAGCAAUUAGCAAGUGUAAAAUCUAAUUUAGACUCGUUUAAAGAUUCUUUCCAAAAACUAGAAGGCGAACGAGAUGAAGCUGUGGAGGAAAUGAAGGAGCUACGACGUGAAGCGAAGUACCUUAAAUACGUGCUUUGUUACAGAGAAGACGUACAGAACUUGCAAUCGACAAAUCAGCAGAGCAAGGAAUUGGAGAAACUGGGUUCUAACCUUGUGGAAGCUGAGAAAAAAGUCAUAGAUUUAGAAGACGAAGUUGGAAGACUUCAAGAAGAGAAACAAACCUUACUGAUGAGUAUUUUAAACCUUCAUUCCGGGCACCGGGUGGAUGAUGUGAUGGAGGAAGAAAACGAAGGGGAGGAGAGUGACUCUGAAUCUGAAAGUAACGACGAUGAAAAUCAAGAUGAACCAAAGGUCAUUGAACAUUCUCGGAAAGCAGACUCCAUCUCCAGCAAUACAGACUCCAUCUCUCGCAAUACAGACUCAAUCUCUCGCAGAGAACAACUCAAGUAUCGAUUUCAGUUGUCGUUGUCUGAGUCUGAUUACAGUUUUAGUUCAGGGCAGAGGACUGAGGGCGAGGAGGAUACUGAGAGUGAAAUCGAAGACGAUGAGAACGAGAAAACUUGGAUGCUUCUGAAAAAAAUCAAAGCUGAGAACAGACAGUUAAAAUCUAGUUUGAACGAAGCCAAUGACGAAAAAGAAGAGCUGUUGUCAAAUCUUGAUAAGUUAUGCGAAGAGUUUGAUGCACUCAAAGAAAAUUACGAUAAACUGGAAGAAGAACAUGCUACCUUGUCCGAAAAAGCUAAGCAAGAUAAACACUCCUUGCAGACACGGCUAAGAGGUGUUGAACUGGAUAGAGACAAUCUAAAAGAUUCCCUGAGGGAAAUUCAGGACGAGAAGCUAGCGCUUUUAAAAUGUCUUGAAAUGCGAAACACCGAGCCAAUGUCACCGCUAUCUCCUCUGCCCCAGCCUCUUCUGGACAAAAUUAUCACGCAGGCGCAGUCAUUUACACAAGAAGAACAUAAAUCAAAUGAACCAACUUCAAAUGAGGAAUAUUCCGAUGCGUCAUCGUCGUCAGAUGAGGAGGAAGAGGAGAAGGUUAGUGUUCCACAAACUUCUACAGAAAGUGGUACGGAUUUGGAGAAGGAACCGGAUGCGACGUCAACUAAUGCUAAGGAUAAAGAACUGGCAAGUUUAGUGGCAGCCAUUGAAAACGACCUCGGAAAGCUUAAGGAACGACUGGCCAAAGGAGAAAGUAAUGCCCAAGGCACUUUGCAAGAUGACGAUGCUGGAAAAGAAAAGGAAUCCAGGCCACGGAAACCUGCGCCCGGCGAGCGUAUGCUGAAGCGACAAGCGUCGACUGUGAAGUCGAACCUAGAUCGUGUCUGCCGGGAGAAACAACAUCUGCAAGAUGAGGUUGAAUCACUUCGCCGAUACUUGCUAAAAAGAAGAGAUUCUGUCAUGGACACCCGAAUAAAAAGGUCUCAUGGCAGUCUCAAAAGAGUAACAGCAGAAGUGGACAGCCACUUGGAAGGGAUCAAGACCUUACAGGCCUUGCUCGGAAAAUCCGACGACCAACUCCGACAGUCGAACGAUAUAAUUUCCCGACUCGAAGCACUCAACGAUGAAACUGAGGAAAAGCUUCGGGAUUCUGAACUCCUCCAAGAGGACUUACGUCACGCUGUGAUGAUAGCGAACAAUUUCGCCAUGGAGGAGCAACAGAAAGCGAAACAGCUCAUGUUACAGAAUGAAGAGCUCCUAAAAAAGGUCGAGAUACUUAUGCCUGUGGAUACGUUGACUGAUAAAAUUGAGAAGGAUGAGAAUUCACUCAACGAGAAUUCAAGAAAAGCAAAAAACAUACCGAAAUUGAAAGAGGCGAAUGGUCGUCAUCGCCGCGUUAGUGAAGACGACGCGCUGUACGCAGAUGACGAGAGUAAUUUCACAACAGAAGGUGAAUCAGACUUCUUUUCCUCCCGACAGUCAAGUGUUGCGGAUGAAUCAGAAUUUGCCAGGAGCCCCACACCUCACGAAGAAGACCUUGAUAUUUCUAAUUCUAAUGUUACACCUUCAGAAGAACCAUCUAAACGUGGAGAUCUGACCGAAAGUGACUUGACAAGUCAAUAUAGUUCUACAGCUGAUACUCAUUCAGACUUGUCUGAAGAGGAAGAUGAUACAGAAUGAACUUGACAGUGUUAGGUUAGGUAUAGUCGCCCCGUGAUUGGUCAAGAAAAACGUGCCACCUCUGGACCAAUCAUAAGGAAAACUACAACCAAUUUCGACCUAAUAGCUCGCAGUUUCCCGCGCUUGAGAGCCAUAACGCGUUCUCUUUAAAUUCCCAUUGGUUCCUUGAUUUAUUUAAGUAUCUUUGUUAUGAUAGGCCGCUGAGUUCACUUGAAGUUUAGUUUUAAUCACAGUCGAUCUAAAAGCGCUUUAGUUUAAAAUCGUUCCUAUAAACUACGGCGCGCCACAUCUCGCUAUUAUAAAACUCUUUGGUGUAUGUUUCCACAACCCGUUUCAAUUCGCUGAAUCUUCAGGGAAUCUGCAAGAGGUAAUUCUGUCUUGUACUUUAUUCUUUUUUUAAGUUCCUAAAGGUCUUCGACGAAGUCAAAGCUAUGAACAAGUGUAGAGUUCUCAACUAAUGAUCGAUUGGUCCGACGAUCGACAUUCUGAGCACAGUUCUUAAUCCUUCAACUUUUUUAAGUGAUUAACAUGUAACUUCUGCCCAUGAUAUCCAUACAUUAUCAAGUAAUGAGAAUAUUCACACUAAUCGGGUGGUUGAUAUCUAGACCUAACCCCAAAUUCACGUCACUAAUUUACAAGAAAUGUGUAGCAGCUAAAGAGGAGAAUUAACAAUCAGAUCUUGGAAGUGAAAGGGUUAAAAUGAGAAUGUGUUAAAGCUUGAAAUACUAAAAAGAAACGAAAGGGUUUUAAGUAAACCAAUUUGAACGGAAUUAAAUUAAUUUCACCAUCUUAAACCUUUGAGAUUCUGAAAUCAUAACGUAACUCCCUAUGGUGUAAAUAAUCAUAUCGAAUGAAAAUAAAACCUUUUCUCGCAAAA